AUGGGUGCUUUACUAUCUAUUGAUAUAUUUGUUGUAGAGGUGAUGGGUGCUUUACUAUCAGUCCUUGUAAUAUGGGUGCUUACUGGUGUACUGGUUUACAUGGCGAUACAGAGAAUAAUCACCAAAGAGUACGAAGUCGAUGCCGAAGUGAUGUUGAUCACAGCCUCGGGAGGACUUCUWAUUAACGUGUUAUUAGCUCUUAUUCUGUACCAAAAGGGUCACGGGCAUAGUCACGGUUUCGGUGGAGGUGGUCACGAUCAUAGUCACUCUACAGGCCAGUCACCKUCAAAUUUCGUYAUUGAAAGUGARGGCGAGAACGUAAACGUACGAGCUGCCUUUAUACACGUCUUAGGGGACUUUUUACAAAGUAUGGGAGUAUUUGUAGCUGCUUUAAUAAUAUGGUUCAAGCCUCACUGGGCGAUCGCCGAUCCUAUUUGUACAUUUUUGUUUUCAUUGCUAGUACUUGUUACCACAUUAACCAUCUUAAAAGACGCAUUAAUCGUUCUUAUGGAAGGUAUGCCAAAAGGACUGAGCUUUAAUGACUUAAAAACACGACUAGCAUCGAUACCAGGAGUAGAAGCUGUGCACGACCUUCAUGUAUGGUCACUAACAGUAGGAACAGACGCACUAUCAGUACAUCUAGUAGUAGAUGAUCCUUCCCAUUCUCAACGCGUCCUCGAGGAAGCAUCCACGAUAUGUAGCAAAGAAUUCGACAUACAACACAGUACAAUACAGAUAGAAACACACUCUGAAGAAAGAGAGAGCUGUAAAGUCUGCGACGAUCCACAAGAUUGAAAGAAACAAAAUAACUUUAUAUAGAUAUUUUUUUUUUUUUUCUCUCUCG